UCUCUGCUCACUGCUCGGUUGUGAUUUUCUCCUUGAAGGGGGAAUUUCUUGAUUUUUUCACUGCUCGGCAGCACGGGACGAGGAUGGAUGCUGGAUUGCCUGGGGUGCUCGUUACCCUCCUCCUCCUCUCCAUCCUGUCGUUCCUGGUCUGGAGAACUGACAGGAAGAGAAGCCGGCUGCCUCCGGGACCAACCCCGUGGCCCAUUCUGGGCAACCUGCACCAAAAGGACGUCCUGCCCCUCUACAGGACCUACGAGAAGCUGAGCAGCACGUACGGCCCCAUCUUCACUGUCUGGCUGGGGCUGAAGCCAGUGGUGGUGCUCUGUGGGUAUGAGGUGGUGAAGGAUGCUCUGCGGGGCCACUCUGAGGAGUUUGGAGGAAGACCUGAAAUACCCCUUCUGAUGAAGCUAUCGAAAGACUACGGUAUUGUCUCCAACAACGAGAAGAAGUGGCGGGAGCUGCGGAGGUUCACGCUCAGCACCCUGCGGGACUUCGGGAUGGGGAAAAGCUCCAUGUCGCAGCGGGUGCAGCAGGAGGCCCAGCACCUGGUGGAGCUGCUGGCAAACCUCAAAGGAAACACUUUCGAGCCAGUGACGAUGUUCAGACAUGCAGUUGCCAACGUGAUCUGCUCCGUUGUCUUCGGGAGCCGUUACAGCUACAGCGACACGGCCUUUCUGGAGCUACUGAACAUUAUCGGGAAUUACACCAGCUUCUUCCUCUCCCCCUUCGCCUUGAUCUACAACACCUUCCCCAACAUCAUGCACCACCUCCCGGGGCCACACAGGAAAGCCCUGGCCGAGUGCGAGAAGCUGAAGGACUACAUCCAAGAAAAAGUCGAGCUUCACAAGCGGACACUGGAUCCCAGCUGCCCCCGGGACUAUAUCGACUGUUUCCUUAUGAAAGCGGAGAAGGAGAAGAGCAGCCUGGAGAACAUGUACAGCAAUGAAGACUUGGUCAUGUCAGUAUUCGACCUCUUUGGUGCCGGGACACUGACCACUAGCAACACCCUGGUCGUCUUCCUCUUGAUCCUGGCAAAAUACCCCCAUAUUCAAGCCAAGGUCCAAGAGGAGAUUGAUGCGGUGGUGGGCACCGGCCGUGCUCCCUGCACGGAGGACAAGCUGAGGAUGCCAUACACCAAUGCAGUGAUCCACGAGAUGCAGCGCUUCCAGAAGACGCGCGUGGAGAACUUCCCGCGGAUGACGACGCAGGACGUCGUGUUCAGGGGCCACACCAUCCCCAAGAACACAACUGUGAUUCCGGUAUUUGCUUCUGUGCAUACGGAUCCAACCCAGUGGGAGAACCCCAAAGAAGUCGACCCAAGCCACUUCUUGGAUGAGAAGGGCGAGUUCAGGAAGCGCGAAGCCUUCAUGGCUUUCUCGGCAGGGAAGCGGAUGUGCCCAGGAGAGGCGCUGGCCCGCAUUGAGCUCUUCCUUUUCCUCACCACGCUGCUGCAGAGCUUCACCUUCCAGCUCGCCGUCGAGCACAAGGAGACAGAUAUAUUCUCCCUAUGGCUCGAGAUAGAGAGGAAAGCAAUACCGGGCACGUUCUUCGCUAUUCGGCGCCCGGUGUCCUCUUGAGCAGAGAGCAGCGGGGAGAAGGAAGGGGUCUUCCAGGUGCCUUCACUUCUGAAAUCAGAGCAAGCCAUGCGACCGUGAAUGCUACAGCAGCAGCCACCAAGCAGGAGGGUCGCUUUGAGCUUCUCCUCAGAGAACUGCCAGGCAUCUCCACCACCAUGGACAAUCUGCUCCCAACCCUUCCUUCCACAUCCCAGUAACACGAGGAAGACAGCACUGGUUUUCCUCCUCCCAUACCUGUUGGCUCUCACUGAGCCUCUAGCUCCUUGGGGCAGGGCUGCAUGGAGCUCCCUGGGCCGAGCUGGGCGCUCCCUCAUUUUGGUGAGAGAUUAAGAGUGCUUCUGCAAUAAAAAGUAACCAUCGUAACUGGAUGCUGGUGUUUGUAAGGACACUCGCGGUGCCUCUUGACGUAAGGGCGGUGAUGCUCAGGCUUCCCUGCCCUUCGCCCGCCCCCAGCCACAACAGCCAAGGUGACAAACACCUAAUGCUUCUGCUGCCCUGCUUGGACCCCUCUUGGUACCCUCCAGCGUUACACAAGGUCUGCAACACUGCAAACUGCGCUCACUCCCAUCCCUGCAUCCCACCGCACAGGGAUGAAACCCCGGUGAGCACCCUUUAGCCCAUCAAAAUGUUAAAAAAUGAUGCAUAAAGGGGAAACGUGCUAUAGGAGCGGGGUGCCGCGCUUGGGAAGCGAGAAGUGUUUUGCCACCAAAGUCACUGCUUCCUUCUCAGGGUGCUGGAUAAGUCUGCUGUGCUUGCGCUGCUUUAACCACCCCUGCAUGAAGAGGGAUUUAGUUGCUAGCCCCCAGGAACGCUCCAGCCUUUAUUCCAAAACAUUGGGACUUCAAAGAAAAGAGUUUUUUCUUUAAAUACCUGUGCAAGGAAAAAAUGACCCAGACACAUGCCCGCCCUGCCUGGCCUCAGCAACGGCCUGGGCUUCUCCUUCCACCGGCGGGCAACUGAAUGUGUCUCCAGGCCUUGGAAAACCAGUAUGUUUCCCAUUGCGUCCCGUUCUUCCCAGCGCAAACCUCCCAGAUACAGGACUUCAGCUCCAUGUCUGUUCCCAGGGUGUCUUCAUCCUUCCCCGAUUUUUGCGUGUCCCAGGACAGACUGAGCCAGGCAAACAUUCAGUUUGUUUUAGCUGAUUUGCCUCCAUGGCUUUAAUCUUCAAAUGAAUCUUACGCAUC